AUAUUCAAAUUAUCACAUUUCGAGUCAAAUCAUUAAUACGAACAGUACAGUGGACUCUCAAUAUAUGGCCACCUUCGUGUAGUAUCAAUGUAACAUCUACCAUCUUCAUUGUAUUCUUCAUAUUCAAAUUAUCACAUUUCGAGUCAAAUCAUUAAUACGAACAGUAGACUCUCGAUAUAUGGCCACCUUCCCUAAACUAUUUCCCAUGGUUGCACAACUAUUUGCAAAGAAGCUUGCAUCGUUUUGUCGAUCAACCUCGAUAAGAAUUGCAAUCUUGAACGCAGUGACACUAUAAUUCACAUUGUUUUGACAAUCCGAGGAGGAAAAUGAACCAGUUCAUGAUGGAGAAAGGUCCGGGUCAUUUUGGGCCCGCGCGUCAAUGUUACCGAGUGUUUUCCUUGAUGUUGGAGCAGGACCUUGACAGCGAUCAUUGAAUCGGGGGACCUGCUGCGGCGCAAUCAAGGUCCUCGCAGCAGCCAACCCGGGGCUUUUGUAUCAUUCCUUCGCCACCAUGAUCUCAGAACAUAGCAAAGCUCCGAAAGGGAUACUGCUCGAUGUGGUUACGGACGUACAAGAGUGCUCGGUGUGUUCGUUCGGGUACGAUGCUCAGAUUGUGUCUGGUCUUGCAGUUAUGCGCGGUGGUCGUGUCCCAGAGGACGAUUCUGGACUCCACGGAUAAUUUGCACCUCUAUCGCGGUCUUCGCAAAUGGAUUUUCCGGAAUUUUGGUAUAGAAGAACAUGCCCGGAAGUUGUCAGCAGUGUCUCGCCGACAGCUCCAAGAAGAACUACCCCCGGACGUCCCCUUCCCCUGCAACGUAACGGACGGCAGAUCGACGAAGGUACCGGACUCCGUUCACCGUUUGAGACCAGGUGACAUAGACGUGAUUGCUGCGAUCGGCGAUUCUCUGACAGCAGGUGCCGGUAUUCUUGCGACUAACUUAUUACAGGUUGCCAUCGAGAACAGAGGAGUCGCGGCGGCCAUAGGUGGUCAGGGAAACUGGCGAACGUAUUUGACGCUUCCUAACAUUCUCAAGGAAUACAAUCCGAAUUUAAUAGGCUACGCGCUUGGGGAUUCUUUGACUUCUCAUUCGGCUUCGCAGUUGAACGUCGCUGAAAGUGGUGCGAUGAGUAGAGACAUGCCCUUCAUGGCCAAGUAUCUGGUUAAUAGGAUGAAGAAGGAUACCAGGAUAAAUAUGAAGAAGCACUGGAAGUUGAUCAGUAUACUUAUCGGACACAACGAUUUUUGCAAUGACAUGUGUUUCUUGCCAUCAGCGUCGUCCACUUUGGAAGCGCACAGAACCGACUUGAUCGAGACCCUCAGGAUAUUCCGGGACAAUUUACCGAGGACUCUAGUUGCUCUUACUCUGCCGCCUAACUUGAAGUCACUCGUCGAUGCCGUCAAAGGACAGCCCGAGUUUCAGUGUUAUUUUAUGACCCAAAUCGAGUGUCCCUGCUUGAUGGGGCUGCAAUUUCGCGAUCGAGUGUUGGAGUAUUACGACAUUAUGACGAGAUGGCAAAAAUUAGAGGAAGAAGUAGCCAACUAUCCAGAGUUUAAUAAAAAGGAUUUCACAGUGACAGUUGUGUCCACUCUCAGGAAAGCUACAAUGCCAAAAAAUGAACGUGGAAUCGGAGACAUGACGUAUUUCUCUGCUGACUGUUUCCACGUCAGUCAGAAAGUUAAUGCAAGAUAUGCGAAUGGACUGUGGAACAAUCUGCUGGAGCCGGUUGGAAACAGAACCGAAAACUGGUAUCCACCGUAUGAAAGAUUUUUGUGCCCCUCACCGGAGAAGCCAUUUUUUACGACACGCGAGAACUCGCAUUAGCAAUGAUAGAUAUUAUACUAAAGGACUUUACUCGCCAACUCGUGGUUCGACAUCGGGUACUUCUGGGCAGCCAUCUUAACGUAAACGGUGAUCGCAAGAUGGCCGCCUGGUGGCGUCAGCUGAGCGCCAGCUAUUUUUGUCGAUUUUUGCUUUUCAACUGGUGCGUACAACUCGAAGAAGUUUGCCAGAAUACUUGUUUUUUGAAACGAUGCGAAUAAAAAGCUGUACGACAUUUAUUGAUUAGAAAUUGUAUCGAUAUUUCAAAGAAUGUUCAGAUGUAAAUGUUCACGAAAAAAUUUGUGCAGAUCGAUGAAAUAGUUCCUGCGUGUUUGCAAAGCACAGAAUGCUUCGAAAGAAUGCAAGUUGGACAAAACUGGUUAUUGAUUGAUGAACAUAUCAAAAUGAAUAGCAACCUUCUUUUAUUAUCGAGUUUUUUGUAUAAUUUCAUCGUGCUCGAGUUGAUCAAAAUGGACACAUGUUUGAUGUAUGAUCUUACUGAUUUAUGAAUAGCGACUGAAAUAUUUUUAA